UAGCAUUUUUUGAUAGCAGCUCUAAGCCGCCACACCUCGCAAUCUAAAAUCCCAGCAACUCCACCAACAUUUCGCUGUCAAAAUCCCACCAACUCCAACUCUAUUUCAAGAGUGCAGGACAUAGUAGUUGAAGCAGCUGCCAUGACGAUGACGACGACCCCUGUUCGGCCGCACGCCCUCCUCGUGUCCACUCCAUUCCAGGGCCACAUCAACCCCCUCAUGCGCCUUGGCCGCCGCCUCGCCGCCAAGGGCGUGCUAGUCACCUUCACCACCGCUCUCCGCGCGGCCGUCCGCGUGGAGGAGGACAGCGACGGCCACGAGCGCGCGGGGUUCCGGUUCGAGCGCCUGCACGGCGGCGGGCUAUGGGAGCCGGAGGAUCCACGGUUCAGCGACGCCGGCGACAUGGCGCGCCAUGUCGAGGCCGCUGGACCGGCGGCGCUCAAGGAGCUCAUCCGCCGGGAGGCCGAAGCUGGGCGGCCGGUGACGUGCGUCGUGACCAACGCCUUCGUCCCGUGGGCGCUCCGCGUGGCUGGCGAGCUGGGCCUCCCCCGCGGCAUGCUGUGGAUCCAGUCCUGCGCCCUGCUCUCCGUGUACUACCACUACGUGCACUCGCUCGCGGCGUUUCCCGAGGCGGACGACGACGCGCCCGGCCGCUCGCUAUUGGUGGCGAUCCCUGGGCUGCCAGACCUCGCCAUGGACGAGCUCCGUCCCCUCCUGAUUUACGCCUCCGACCAGUACAUGUGGCGAAAGAUGCUCGUCGAGGAUCUCGGCGGCAUCCGCGAGAGGGUAUCGUGGGUGUUCGUCAACACCUUCGACGAGCUCGAGCACGAGGCCAUCGCGGCGCUUGGCGAGCACGUCCAGGUUAUACCAGUCGGCCCUCUCAUCGAGCCGGAAACCGACGGGCCCUCCGAUGACGACGGCUGCAUCGCGUGGCUCGACGCGCAGGCGCCGCGCUCGGUGGUGUUCGUCGCGUUCGGGAGCCUGGUGAAGACGGGCGACGACGAGACUGCCGAGAUAGCGGAGGGGCUGGUCAGCACGGGCCGGCCGUUCCUCUGGGUGAUGCGCGACGACAACCGCGCGGUCCUCUUUCAGGGCACACUGGACGGCCUCAAGGCGGCCACCUUGUGCGGCCGAGGCAAGGUCGUCCCGUGGUGUAAGCAGGCGCACGUGCUCGCGCACGGCGCGAUCGGCUGCUUCGUCACGCACUGCGGAUGGAACUCUACCGCGGAGGCGCUCGCCGCGGGCGUGCCGGUCGUUGCCAGCCCGAGGUGGUCCGAUCAGAACAUCAACGCGAAAUUCCUAGUGGAUGUGUACCGAAUCGGCGUCCGUGCCCCGACGCCGGUGACAAGGGAAGCGCUCCAUCUAUCCAUCGAGGAGGUCAUGAGCGGGCCGGAGGCGGGAGAGAUGGAACUUCGAGCGGCCAGCUGGAAGGAGAAGGCGCGUGCGGCGCUGGCCGGCGGCGGGUCGUCGGAUAACGGCGUCCAAGCUUUUGUUGACCAAAUAAAGUAAGCACACUAGGUCCCAAAGAUAGCGUGCUUAUUACUCCCUUUGAAAACAAACACAAACGUAAGACGUUUGAGGUCACUAAGGGCAUGACCAACGCUACAUGGUGGACGGCUGCCCCAUCUGCCACAUUAGCACUUAAUGGAGUGUGACGUCGUCCUCGUGAUGGUUAUUUGGGAGUAUUUCAAGUUUUGCUAAAACUGUAAUUUGACAUCAUUCACCAGGUCAGCCGCUAUAAUUUACGUCAUCAUACAUUCUUUUUUUCCUUUUCUCUUUUUGAGCGGUAGAAGGCAAACUUUAUAUUUUUUUUAAUAAUAAAGCAGCUAUUGUUUU